AUGCCACCAAAGAAAAAACAAGGACAGCCAUCUGACAAGAACAAGGCCAAAGCUAAGGCUAAGUCUGCGGAAGACAAGGCAUUUGGUAUGAAAAAUAAAAACAAGUCAAAGAAAGUACAACAACAGAUAAAUCAAUUACAAGCAGGUGUAGAUGGAGGAUUAGCAAAAAGGAAAGAAGCAGAAGCAAAGCGUAAAGCAGAAGAGAAGAAAGCAGCAGAGGAAGCCAAAAGAGAAGCUGCCAAAUUAUUCGGAAUACAACAACAAAAAGUACCAUUUGGAGUGGAUCCUAAAUCAAUAUUUUGUGAAUUUUUCAAACAAGGCGUUUGUACUAAAGGAAAUAAAUGUAAAUUUAGUCAUGAUCCAAAUGUAGGAAGAAAAGAUGUGAAAAAAGAUUUAUACACAGAUGCCAGAGAUGAAAAGGAACAAGAUACUAUGGAUACUUGGGAUGAGGAUAAAUUAAGAAGUGUCAUUUUAUCAAAACAUGGUAACCCUAAAACUACUACUGAUAAAGUUUGUAAAUAUUUUAUUGAUGCAGUAGAGAAUGGGAAAUAUGGAUGGUUUUGGGUUUGUCCGAAUGGUGGUAACGAGUGUAAAUAUAAACAUUCAUUACCUCCAGGAUUCGUAUUGAAAACUAAAGAACAAAAAAGACUUGAGAAACUAGCGGCAGAAAAUGAACCAAAAAUAACACUAGAAGAGUUCUUAGAAUUAGAGAGAAGCAAAUUAGAUAAAACUUCUUUCACACCAAUAAAUAUGGAUACAUUUAAAAAAUGGAAAAUAGAUCAAAAACUAAAGAAAGAAAAUCAAAAACAAGAAGAUGAAAAGAAAUCUGGUAGAAGACCAUUAACAGGCAGACAAGUGAUAUUAGAGAAAUUUUCAAACAAAUAUUACACAGAAGAAGAUGACGGAGACGAAUCUUGGGAUUUAUCACAGUUCAAAAGUAGUCUACCGGAUGAUAGUACUGAAACAUUUAAGGACUAUGGUGAUGGAGAUAAUGUACAAGAGUACUACCAAGCCGAAGAAGAAAAGCAAAAUAAUAUUGAAGGUCAGACUCAUAUAGAUGAAAAUGGAGAGUCGAAUGGAACGCAUAAUGACGGUGAUGAUACCAAUGGCAGUGUCGAGAACAACGGUACUUAG